AUGUUACCACGGCACACAUUGGUAUCGCGGUGGAAAGCCAAAUCUUCCUCCCUGGCUCAAUAUAUAUCGUCUUUACCAAUGACCAAGACAAAAUUUUCCAUUUCGUCCUGUCCAUUGAAGCCGACAACUUUUCGCCGUGCAUUUUCCCUUCCCUCAAAAACUACAUAUUGCCUCCAAGGCCGUUCAUUUUCUGGUCGCUUGUGGCUUGGAGAAAACGCUAUCCCUAACAUUUCCCGCCCUCAACAACCCGCUGUAUUUCGACGAUUUUUUAAUUCAUCUCGGGCAAAGUACAAUAAUUCAUCUCAUCCAGAGCAGUCGGGUUCACUUUCACAGCGGCUUAAAACGCUUUCUCGUGAGUAUGGGUGGUCUGCAUUGUGGGUGUAUCUGCUUUUGUCAGCAUUGGACUUUCCGCUCUGCUUUGUUGCUGUUCGUCUCCUGGGCGUGGAGCGGAUUGGUCAUUACGAACAUGUGGCUUUGGAGUUCGUUAAGGACACAGUUGGUGGUGUCUGGCCUCGUGCGCAAAUGGCCCAGGAAACCGAGUCGAAAACCGAGAAUAUGACUACCGAGGUUUUGAGCGGUCAACACAGGGAACCAUCGGUUGAGGAGCCCCAGGUCAAAGCCCAGGGCGAAGCAAGCCUAUGGACUCAGGUUGCUCUUGCCUAUGCUAUCCAUAAGAGCUUAAUCUUUGUUCGGGUCCCCUUGACAGCAGCAAUUACUCCAAAAGUUGUCAAAGUCUUGAGACAGUGGGGCUGGGACAUUGUCAAGGGCAGGCCAAAGGGCAUGUAG